GAGUGAGGUGUGAGGUGAAGCGUGAUGGCAUAAUGGCGUCAGGCAAGGACCGGAGGGGCUACGAGCACGAGUCUUCCAGUGACACUGAUAACCCGGACUCUGAUGACCGACGACCCAGGCCUUACAGGAACCGCUUUGGAUACCAGUCUUCGUGAGUACCCCCGUGUUGGCAGGGCAGGGUACAGCUCCUCACCCAAGCCCAAGUCAUGUUUAGUGCAACGCGGGGAGUCUCCAGGAUCAGUCACAGUGUCACACCACACUCACAGCAACUCCAGAACACACCACCACGAGUCAGCCAUACCCAAGAUGACGCACCAGCACAGAACAGGGCCGUUGCGUAAAGGAGAUGGAAAUUUGGCUGAUGACAAACAAAUGAAUGAAAUACCCCAGUCACUCUGCGACUGUCCUCAUGUAAGGAACCGUGGAGUUAUGCAGCGAGGUUCACUUGGCCACUCCUCGUCACAUGAAGAUUCCUCACCGCAUGCGUCCCCUCAUCCCUCACCACAUCUCUACAGCUCCUCGCGCCCUGCACCCCAGGCAAACACACACCAGUGCCAACAUGUCAAAGAGAGUGGCCCACCUCCGUCCAGUGACGAUCGCAUCACACUGGUGGUGGAAGGCACCCGCUUCAUUGUUGAUCCAGCCAUAUUCACUGCUCACCCUAACACUAUGCUUGGAAGGAUGUUUUCAUCGGGUCUGGAAUUCACACAUCCUAAUGAAAGAGGAGAGUUUGAGGUAGCAGAAGGCUUUUCUUCAGCUGUGUUCCGUGCAGUCUUGGAUUAUUAUAAGAGUGGAACAGUUCGCUGCCCUCCAUCCGUCAGUGUUCAAGAGCUCCGGGAGGCUUGUGAUUACCUUCUUAUUCCAUUUGAUGCCAACACCAUUAAAUGCCAGAAUUUACGUGGACUCCUGCAUGAGCUGAGCAAUGAAGGUGCUCGCCAACAAUUUGAAGGGUUCUUAGAGGAUCACAUACUUCCCCUCAUGGUGUUAGCUGCCCAACGUGGUGACCGGGAAUGUCAUAUUGUCAUACUGUUAGAUGAUGACACAGUGGAGUGGGAUGAUGAUUAUCCUCCACAGAUGGGGGAGGAAUACAGCCAAACUAUUUGCUCAACAGCAAUGUACCGUUUCUUCAAGUACAUAGAAAACCGAGAUGUUGCCAAACAAGUGUUAAAGGAGCGAGGUCUUAAGAAGAUUCGCUUGGGCAUUGAAGGCUAUCCUACAUAUAAGGAAAAGAUUAAGAAAAGGCCAGGUGGCCGAGCAGAAGUUAUAUACAACUAUGUCCAGCGACCCUUUAUCCGCAUGUCAUGGGAGAAGGAAGAGGCCAAGAGUCGGCACGUUGAUUUUCAGUGUGUGAAGAGCAAGUCUGUGACUGACCUUGCCGAGGCCACUGCUGACCCUGCUCUCGACCGUGUGGUCACACUAGACCCUCCACCUGUGGCCUUGGGUCAUGAGGCUCCGGCUGAGCCAGUGUUGCCCCUGGAGGGUGCAGUGGGUGGAGGGGACAAUCACCAGGAUGAAGGAGCCAUUGGAGGAGGAGGAGGAGGUGCAACAGCAGCAGCAACAACAGCAGCAGCAGCAGCAGCAGCAACAACAACAGCAGCAGCAACAGCAGCAGUAGCAGCAACAGUACCUGCACCUUCACUGAACCCAUCUCAGCCAGUUCAUGAAUCAUACCCAGAGUGUGACUGCAGUGUGGACAUGGUCACAGCAGGGGAAUUAUGAAUAGAAGCCCUGUCUUGUUCACUUUUCUAAGGCAGGUGAUUGGUGGCCAUGAAGAGGCAACGUGAGGGAAAGCACACAUAGCUGCAAGACCUCGCCUCCUGCGUCACCUUCCUCUAACACAUCGGCAUUGGAGGUCGCUUCCCUUCAGUAACUUCAUUACAGCGCCUCUCAUUAGUGCACCGCCUCCUCCUCCUCACCAUGAUGCCUCGCCACAAAAACUACAAAAAGGUUCCAGUACUAACAUUUGGUCAUGUUUGUUUUGUGGUUGUUUACUUACUAAACUGCCAGCUUAUAAGGACAGGUUGUUUAAAAGUUCAUAUGACCGUUUGUGAUGCCUAUUAGUGAUGACUUUACUAUUCAUGCAUGAAAGGCAUGAAGACUAUAAUUGUUAUAAUACAUAUUUCUGUAUAUACUACAGUUUUUCUCUUGGGUCGGAAAUUUAGAAUUUCUAAGCUUUGAUACUUUGUCUUGUGAACAUACAGAAAAAUCAUUGCAGACUUCAUAGAUCUUGCCAAUGUAUUGAUUGCUGCAUUAGUUAUGAACAAUGAGAAUUGCAUGUACUAUAUCUCUAAAGAUGCGCAGCUACGAAGGAAAAGCUUCUCUGUGUUUGCCUUCAUAACUUGGAAACAUUGUCCAUAUUUCUUUUUUGACAUUAAUAGUUGUCUUUAUAUGGCAUGAUGCGCCAUUGCCUUAUAAUAUGUCAUGUAACAAGUAUUAUUCAUAAUGGUUUGGUGCUUGUGGUAAAUUGUGCAUGUAAAUGAAAAAUUGUUCCUUUUACAUAUAGGUAAGAUUUUGCAAUUUAUAUUGAUUAACAUAUUACUAUUAAUAUCUUUGUUACCUCUACAGUUGUUACAUAAACUUAGGCCUUAGGUAGUGCAUAAAUCAGGGUCAUAGCUUCAGUGAGCAAAUUGGAUAUUAACCUUCAAAUAUAUGGGUGGUAACAUGAAAGGUUUUAUGCACUUUAAGUUCUCAAAUUUGAAUUUAUAUACAUAAUUGUUUUACAUGGAAAUUUUUACAAAGAAAUUUUAUAAAAGAUCAUAUUAUGUCAUGUAAAUUCUUCAGAAGCUGAGUAUUUACCAAAGGCUUAAAGACUGAUCACUGGGAUAUUGUGAUAACAUCAUAUCAUAUUGAGAAAGUAAUUGAAUAUAUUAUUAAAGAAUACUGGAGUGAUUUAUUCCUUGAUGUUUGAUGCAUAAAAUUGUCUUGAGGAAUAUCUUUUAUAUUUUGAUAAAGUGACUGUUAAUAAUAAGGUAUAUAAUCAGUGAACAUUGGUUUGAUUAUUUGGUGUAGUCAUCUAAUUUAUCAAUUAUAUGAGCUGUAAAAUAAU